UUUUCUGCUCUCGAUUUAAAGACAUCUGGGUCUUUGCAUUUGCAGCCCAUUUUUCGUGUACAAUUCAGUUCCAAUGUUUCUUCUGCACCAUUCACGGAGAAACACUAGUUGCGGAGGUACCAAAGGGACCAAUGGGUCUACAACAACAAUAAUCAGAAGCUGUUAUCUCUCAACAGUGAUGAUCAAGCCGCGUCUUGCUCCAUGUCGUCCGAUUGCGACUCCAUCAGAUUAAACGACAUCGCUUUGCAGCUGCCGGAGCUCAGGAAGUUGCUUGGAGUUUUGAAGCAUAAGAGAGAGAGAUGUGGCUGCCAAGUGCCCCAGAAGGGACCGGGUAAUGUCUUCUUGGUGGGUACUGGACCUGGAGAUCCCAAUCUCUUGACGUUAAAAACUGUCAAAGUCAUUCAAAAAGCUGACCUUUUGUUGUACGAUAUGUUAGUUUCUAAUGCUGUAUUGGACUUGGUUGGCCCCGAUGCCAGGCUUCUCUAUGUCGGCAAAACUGCUGGCUAUCAUAGCCGAACUCUGGAAGAGAUCCAUGAGUUGCUUCUGAGUUUUGCUGAAGCUGGAGCUAAUGUUGUCAGACUUAAAGGAGGGGGUCCACUGGUAUUUGGAAGGGGUGGAGAAGAAAUGGACUUUCUGCAACAGCAAGGGAUUCAGGUCAAGGUUAUCCCUGGUAUUACUGCUGCUUCUGGAAUAUCAGCAAAGCUGGGUAUUCCUUUGACCCAUAGAGGCGUUGCAAUAAGUGUUAGGUUUCUCACAGGUCACUCAAGAAAAGGUGGAACGGAUCCUCUUUUUGUUGCCGAGAAUGCUGCUGACCCAGAUUCAACUUUAGUGGUUUAUAUGGGCUUAUCUACCCUCCUAUUGCACAAAGAUUGA